AUGAUGCGCUACUCUCCAGGUGAACUCUUGCUGCGGGGGGCCCCCCAACCCAUGGGGGCCCCGCAAGUUGGGGGGCCCCCCAUUGGGGGGCCCCCCACCUGUGAGGCCCCCAGCCGGAUAUUUUCACUGUCUCCUUCAGAGUGUAAUCUGUUUCAGAGGGAAGCAAAACGACAAUGCGUUUUAAAUUCUUUGGCGGGGGGCUCUCUACGUAAGGAGACAGGUGACCCUCGAGAAAAGGAGACAGUCCCCUUACAGCAGCGAGAAGAAGAGCAAGAAGAAGAAGAAAAACAAAGUGAAGAAAACGAAGAAAAAGAAUAUGGAGGGAGGCACAGCCGUUGGCAACAACUGCAGCAGCAGCAGCAGCAGCAGAAGCAGCAGCAGCAGCAGCAGCAGCAGCAGAAACAGCAGCUGAGGGAGUUGAGGAUAGAACCUGCCCACCACUCAAGGCUGCAGCAACACCGCAUGCAAGGGUUGAGUUCUACAAGCAUAAGCGACAUCAGCAGCAGCAGCAGCAGCAACAGCAGCAGUAAAAGUAUUAGCAGCAGCUUCAACAACAGCAGCAGCAGCACCGUCCGAGCGCGUCAACAGAACCAGCAUGAGGGAAGGCCACCAAUGUCAUUUGUAAUACCUCAAACGCAACAGCAGCAGCAGCAGCAGAAACAGCAGCAGCAACAGCACACGCCGCAGCUGAGGGUGCAGCUGGCACAUCAUGAGCUGGUAUCACACCAGCAGCAGCAGCAGCACAAGCAGCAACAACAUGCACAAGGCCUUGUGCAAGGGGGGCCCCACGAGGGCCCCUCAGCUCUCUGCCGCAGCAGCUGUCUCCCUCUCGCUACCCCCGAUAUUCAAGACAUCCACAGCAUCAGCAGCAGCAGGAGCAGCAACCAUAGCGACAGCAGCAGCAUCAGCAGCAGCAGUAGCAAGUACCGUUGCAGCCGCAGAAGCCCAGGGGGGCCCUCCAGAUGUCCCUUAGGGUUUGGAGGAGACAUGCGUUUGGAGACUGUCUCUUCAACGCGAGGGAGACACAAAACAUUUAUUAAAGGAACCCGCCUUCGGGCUCACGGCCCCCAGAAAGGUGCAGUGGAGCGGGAGCAGCAGCAGCAAGAGCAGCAGCAGCAGCACCAAGAACAGCAGCAGCAGCAAGAGCAGCAGCAGCAGCAGCAGCAAGAACAGCAGCAGCGGCAAAAGCAGCAGCAGCAGCAGCAGCAAGAACCCGGUCACAAAGAUAGCUGCGCAACCCCGCAGCUGCACGUCUUUGAGGUUGUCUCUGCACCACCGUCUCCUCAAGGAGACAGUUGUUUGCUAAGAGGAUUGGGGGGCCCCUCUGUGGGGCCCUCCCGUUGGCGCGCAUACACCGCAGCGCCAGCAGCUGUGGGGCCCCUGCCUCCUUCUCGAAAUGGUGUCUCCUUUUCUGGGGGCCCCCCAGAUGUCUCUGCAGAUGGGAUAUUAGGGCUGAAGGGGCCCCCAUGGCGCAGCAGCGGUGCUGCAGAUAAGAGACAGCAGCAGCAACAGGAGGAGACAGCAGCAGCUAUGGGGCCCUCCAAACUGCCAGCCACCGUCCGCUGCUCCCUCUUCUUAGGGAGCGGUACCCUUGCUGCUGCUGUUGCUGCAUCGGGGGCCCCUUGUGUGCUGCAGGUUUACCAGAGGCCCCUCACCCCUGGAGGAGGGGCCCCUGCUGCUUCUGUGGAGGCCUUUCUGUCUCUUAAGGUCGCCAAAUGGACGCUAACAUUUUUCUUGAGGGUUUCACGUCAGCCACCUGGACAAUUCUCCUGCCCACCAAUAUGCCGCAUGCAGAAAGAGAGGACCCACUGGCUGCGUAGCAUUAUGUCUCGCUUGACCUCCAGCAGCUGCAGCGGCACCAGCCAAUCGGCAGGGUGCAACGGUAGUGUUCGAACAGGCGGGCACCUCAGCAUAGACGAAAUCACCCUACGGGACCUCGGAAUAUGGGGACGUCCCGUUGCCCCCCAAAAGAAUGAGCCUCGCAGCUCAGAGUGGUGUGCGUCGCUGCUGCUGCACUUCAGAGAAACGCCCAGUUUGGCUCGCCGACGAGUGGUGUUCCCUGACUCACAACUUCACGAAAAGUCUGAAGGCUGCCAAGGCAAGUCAAAAAACCCCGCAGCCUUUGAUGGUCUUUGUUCACUGCUGAGGGAUCGUCCACAGCUCGGAGCCAUCCCAGCAGUUCGUCAUAUCUUCGAGUUGCAAGGGCAUGUCAGCGAGGUUGGGAGAGUGCUGGCGAGUCGUCUAGACCUCGAUAAAUGUAAAGAACAAGCCGAGCUGGUCUUUCUUUCCACAGCAGAAGAAGAAGAGCUGAAGGAUAUGUGCGAAUACGUGGGCAGCACGGAGUUUCUCAAGGCGGCACACCAGCGCGUUUUAGAGGCACGCUAA